AUGACCUUCUCUGGCCCGCCACCUCCAGCACCUCUACCAUCGGUGUCACAUCCUCAGGACCGAGUCGCGCGGAAGCGGGAACAACUUGAGCGCCUGCGCGAAAGUCAGCAAGCGAAGGUCAACCCAGCGAAGCCGCAAACCGCGCUGCAGAAGCGAUUCUGGCGUAAUGUGAGCGUCAAGGAUACAAACGAAGGGCUCCAAGUGCUCCUCGACUCAAGACCGGUCCGGACGGCAUCUAGACAGAUACUCCUACUCCCGCACGGCAAGCGCGCACUGGCGGCGUGUAUUGCGCUGGAGUGGGAUGCCCUCGUUUCCGCGCAACAGGCGCUCAAGCACCACUACAUACCUUUGACUUCUCUUACGUCACGAGCUGUCGACAUUGAAGUGGCGGACAGAGAUGGCGAUAGUUCGGUUCGUGAAGCCAUCGUGAUGACUUUGAUGCGGUAUCUGGGCACAGACACUCUACUGUGUUGGGCGCCAGAACGGAGUAUCCACGAACCGGAGAAUACAGGAAAGAAGCCGCUCCGACAUCGACAGCGGGAGGUCGCCGAGCCGAUAAUAGCGUACCUCACAGCGCAUAUCCUACCGGGUGUCGACAUUAGGCCGAUCCUGGACGAGCAGUCAAUCAUGCCGACUCCGCAGCCAGAGAUGACACGGCAGAUCAUUCGAGGAUGGGUGUCUGGAUUACCGGCGUAUGAGCUGGCGGCACUGGAGCGCGGCGUCCUAGCGACGAAGUCUUUACUUAUUGCUGCGCGGCUUUUGGUGGAGUGGAGUCAGGAGUUCGCGCAUCUGCGAAGGCGUGGACCAGAGACGGAUGGAUUUGGCAUUGACGAGGCGGCCGAGGCGGCCACGCUGGAGGUCAUGCAUCAGACUGAACAGUGGGGAGAGGUUGAGGAUACGCAUGAUGUCGAGCGCGAAGAUCUACGGCGGCAGCUGGGUAGUGUGGUCUUACUUGUGAGCUGA